AUGAGCAUCGAGACGCUGCUGGAGGCGGCGCGGUUCCUGGAGUGGCAGGCGCAGCAGCAGCAGACCGCACGUGAGGAGAAUGAGAAGCAUGAGAAGCUCUGCGUGGAGAGGGAGCAGGAGCAGAAGAAGGCGGGCAAGGCCAGCGUGCCCCGGGCCAACAGCACGCUGUCCCCAGAGGAGCCCCGGAGCGAACUGCUGGUGCCCAUCUCCCCGCCGGGCGCCGUGCCCCUGCCGCCGCCGCCGCUGGCAGCUCCCAUUUCGGUCAUUCCCAUCCCCGUUGUCACCAGCUCCCCCCAGCAAGCAGCGCAGACGGCCCUGUCGCCGCCGCUGGUGCAGCGCCACCAGCCCCUCGUAAGCACUCCCAGCGUGCCCAAGGAAGCGCCCUCGGUGGCGCCGGUGAUCCAGCGGCCGCCGGGGCCGCACCUGCCGGACGGGAAGGCGGUCACGCCGCCCUCGGGCAGCCCCAAGCAGCUGCCGCACUACGCGGCGCCCGUGCUGGCCAUCUCCCAGCACCAUGUGGUGCCGCAGCCCAUCCAGCCCCUGCAGCACCCGGCAGCGCCCGCGCCCCUCGGCGCCCUCAAGCUGGCGCCCGCCGACGACAUGAAACCCAUCGAGCUCAAGAAGAGAAUUGGAGGGGUUGGGACCAGGGAAGUACAUAAUAAAUUGGAGAAGAACAGACGUGCUCAUUUGAAAGAGUGCUUUGAGACAUUAAAGCGCAACAUCCCCAACGUGGAUGACAAGAAGACCUCAAACCUCAGCGUCCUCAGGAGUGCCUUGCGAUACAUCCAGACUUUAAAGAGGAAGGAAAAAGAAUACGAACACGAGAUGGAGCGGCUGGCGAGGGAGAAGAUCGCUACGCAGCAGCGGCUGGCAGAGCUGAAGAACGAGCUGAGCCAGUGGAUGGAUGUCUUGGAGAUUGACAGAAUUAUUCGACAGACAGUUCAGCCAGAGGAUGACCAGGCAUCUACCUCGACAGCAUCAGAGGGUGAAGACAACAUGGAUGAAGAUAUGGAGGAUGACAGGCCAGUGAACUCGUUACCAAAACUCACCCAGCGCCAGCACCCGGAGCUGCUGAAAGCCGUCCCCCCCAGUGCUGCUCCCCCCCUGCCCACAGUCCUGCCCCCGCACGUGUCCAUCCAGCAGAAGCCCCACGCCCAGCCCUCCCUGCAGCCGCAGGCACUGGUCCCGCCGCAGGCCAUCGUCCCCGCACAGACUCACAUCGUGGCGGCCUCGACCGUGCAAUCGACUGUUAUCGCCCACACGGCCACCACCCACGCCUCGGUCAUCCAGACUGUCAACCACGUCAUUCAGGGGCCACAGACCAAGCACAUUGCUCACAUUGCACCUUCCACAUCCAGCCCCGUGCAACUCACCACUGCUGCUCAGCCCAUCGGCCACAUCACUGUGCACCCGGCCACCAUCAACCACAUGGCCCACCUGGGCCCGCAGCUGCCCAUCUACCCCCAGCCCGUGGCCGUCAGCCAGCCCGUGGUGAGCCACAUCGCUCACACCAUCUCGCACCAGCAAGUGAACGGCACGGCGGGCCUGGGCCAGCCGGCCGUGAUGGCCAAGCCGGCCGUGGGAACCCAGGUGGUGCAUCACCCGCAGCUGGUGGGCCAGACGGUCCUAAACCCCGUGACUAUGGUGACCAUGCCGUCGUUCCCGGUGAGCACGCUGAAGCUGGCCUAGAGGGGACGCUCCACGGCGAGGUCUUGUUGGAACCUUUCCUAAGGAAACUCCGUACAUUCCAACCACGCCCGGCCCGCGGGAGGAGGCGCGGAACGCCCGGGGCGGCGGGGCCGGGCUGUCCCCGGUGCCCGGGCUGUCCUGGUGCUCAGCAUGCCCCGUGCCCGGGCUGUGUGGAUGCCCAGGCAGUCCCGGUGCCCGGGCUGCCCCCGCACCCAGCCUGCCACCGGGACAGGGCCGCGCCGCGCUCGGGCUGCGCCACCGAGAGACUUCAAAGACAGUUGUUCAUGGUGAUUUUUUUUCCUUUUAUGUGUAAUGAGUGAACUAUGGAUAUGAUGUUCUUAAGACUUUAAUUUCGCCCUCUUAUGUGUUGCUUCUUUGUAGAAUAAAAAUUGCUGAUCUCUUUAUUGA